CCCCGGUCUACCCCGACCGACUAGCCGACACCUGGAUGGGUUGGGGAUCACGUGAGUUAGAGACCUACUCGACCACGCGGGAUCGCCCGACCGUCUCCUUACCAUUUCCCUAACCGUACGGUCACCAGCACGGCCUUUCCCCCUCUAGCCUCACCAUAACACGCCUACAACACGUUCCACCCCACGCUACACGCUACCCGGUUCCUCCCCUCGCGCUCUCCACCAAAAAAAAAAGUUCACGCGCGUCUACCUCCCCUGCACUAAACCCCUAAGCCUGACCCUGCAUUUGAUCACCCGCGACACCAGCCUGCUCCUCAACGACCAACACAUAAGAGUAGCCAGCCAGAAGAUCAGCGCGUGCCUGUGUGCGCCAACAACCCUCGAACGGCACCAACACGAUACGACGACAAAUCUGUCUACCUGACUGACUAUCCGGGGCUCCGUGACUGCCUCUGCCUCUUCACUCUUGACUCCCAUAUAUAUAUCCAGCACCUCCCAGACCCGGCGCCUCGCCCUCUUUCAAGAUGUCAAAAACUACAUUCGCAAUCAUAGCUGCCGUCAGCGCUGCCACCGGAGCCGCCGUCACAGCAGCGAGCAUGUCCCUCGCAAGCCCCACCACCAAGAAAACCAAACCAACCCCACCAACACUCUCAACACCUCCCUCUCCCACCGCAUCCGCGACCCUCCCAGCACCCGUCCCCUUCCCCGGCGCCCUCGCCAUCACCGCCCCAGUCGACCCAGCCGGGCUCUUCCAAUACGGUUUCCCCGGCCCCGUCGCCGACCUCGCAACCCGCAACUCCCUGAUCUCCUCCUUCGACCGCCGCACCAAGAAUCCAUUCUGGGUAGCUGAGCACAUCACCCCCGCCUCGCUCGCGAGCCGCGAAGGCGACCGCAAAGGCUCCGUCUUCCUGGAGGAUCCCGACGUGCCCGAGAAGUUCCGCGGGAAGCUGAAGGAUUACUUCCGCUCCGGCUAUGAUCGGGGUCACCAGGUGCCGGCAGCGGAUGCGAAGUGGUCGCAGGAGGCGAUGAAUGAUACUUUCUACCUGACGAACAUGUGUCCGCAGGUCGGCGAGGGAUUUAAUAGAGAUUACUGGGCGCAUUUUGAGGAUUUCUGCCGCCGUCUGACUACCCGCUACCCGUCUGUCCGUGUCGUUACGGGGCCGCUUUACCUCCCGAAACGCGAUGCGGAUGGGAAAUGGCGCGUCUCGUAUGAGGUCAUCGGGAAUCCACCUAACAUCGCUGUUCCCACGCAUUUCUACAAAGUCAUCUUCGCUGAAGACGGAAAAGUCGGCGGACAAGUAGCCGUGGGUGCCUUCGUUCUCCCGAACGCGAGGAUCCCUAACGAUAAGCCCCUAUCUGAAUUCGAAGUCCCCGUGGAAGCGGUGGAGAGAGCGAGUGGACUGGAAUUUGCGACCAAGUUGCCGGUGCAGAGGAGGAAGAGACUUUGUGUUGAUACGGCGUGCUCGUUGGUUAUUAAGGAGUAUGCGCAGAGGCAGCAGGCGUUUGUGAAGGAGGAGAGGAAACAGGUUUCUGCGCCUGGGUCGCCGAGGAUUUAAUUGGAUGAUAUUAUGGAUACAAGAGCCGUCGAGAGGAUGGUUUGCAUGGCGCGGCGUUGUUCAGACAGGAAGACAGACAGCUGGGUGAUUUCCCAGUUUGUUGGUGGGGAGGUCUUUUGCGCAUAGUACACAGGGAAGGGCGUCGUUUGCAUUAUACACACUUGCUAGAACCUACGCUUUCAGAAGCAUAUUUUCUUAGUCUCUUAUUAUCAUGUACACUCUAGAUUAGAAAUAACCCUUAUAUACCAAUACAGCGCUUUCAAAGUU